AUGGAAGAUAACAGUAAAGAGAAUAUUGUUGAAGGGUUGUCUUCUGCCGCAGUCUCAGCGGUAGCAGCAGCAACAGCAGGAGGUGGUGGUGCAAGAGAUGAUUAUGAGGUUCUCAAGAGGAGAAUCACUUGUCAUCCCUUAUAUGGGCUUUUGAUUGAGACCCAUUUGGACUGUUUAAAGGGUAGCAUGGGUGACAUUGAAGGAUUUCAAAGAAACUCACCAAACCAAGCAAAUAAUAAUGUGAGCAACACUACCAUCCCCGCUUGUUCAGACCUUGAUCACUUCAUGGUAUAUAUGUAUUCUCUUCAUCUCUUCAUCUCUUCAUCUGUUCAUCUAUGCUCUUUAAUUAAUUCUUCUCUUCAAAACCGAAAACUCAGUCGGGCAACCGAGUGA